AGCAAGAUGGCGGCGCUGGCAGGUCUCUGUUGCGUUAGGACAUUGAAAACUUGCGGCCGGAGCAGGUACCCUUCCUAUGCUCUCUGGCAUCUGGUGAGAGCCCCAUCCCAGAAUUCACAGAACAGUGCCUGUGUGCCAAGGAUAAGAGGGCGGUUGGUGGCAUCCUCUGCCCCUGGAGAGAGACAGAGUGAUUCGAACGACGGACAGAUCUACCUUAGUGAAAGUUGUGUGAAGAGGAUAUUGGAGAUUGCAGAAGGGUCUGAAUUUCUCAGGCUGCAGGUGGAAGGAGGAGGCUGUUCAGGUUUCCAGUACAAGUUUUCAUUGGAUACAGUUGUCAAUUCUGAUGACAGGGUUUUUGAACAAGGUAGCGCCCGGGUGGUUGUGGACUUGGACAGCCUGAACUUUGUGAAAGGGGCAAUGGUGGACUUCAACCAGGAGUUAAUUCGUAGCGCCUUCCAGGUGGUGAACAAUCCACAGGCAGAGCAAGGCUGCUCCUGCGGAUCAUCUUUCUCCGUUAAACUCUGAUUGAGCUUUUCCUCGUGGACUCUGGUGGAUGCUGAGUGAUUACUGGUUGCCUUUUUUCUCUUCAGUUUGUUUGAACAACUGUGUAGUCUGUUGUAUGAUGGAAGCACCAGCACCUCUCAGAACUCUAGAUUGGGCAGAAUCUCUUAAUGGGAGUUGAUCUCUCCAGGACAAGGUGUGAAAUAGACUUGUCUCCUUUGUCCUUCUCGAAUCACCAUGCAACUUCCCAGUAUGACCCUGAUGAUUUCCAUGUAGCAUUUAAAAUAGCCUGCUGUGUAAAGAGAUAUUUGUACAUACUUUUGUACUUUGCCAUGUUUUAUGAUUGUUUAAAUUAUACAUAUGUUGCAUCUAA